AUGGCUUCCUUCGACCUUUCCAAACCUCGCCGUGAGACUUCAAACCUGAUGGGGCUUGCUUUCCGCGCAGCUGAGGACAUACAUAGCCAAGCGGGACGCGUGGCUGCCAAUAUCGAUCUCGCCCGUAAUUUGGGCCAGACUGUCCUUGCCAAUGGAGUCGUUGACGAUCGCAAAUUCCUUUAUGAGGGAAUCAUUCAGCUGGCAGCAUCACUGCCAAAUGAUUCUCGGCUUCGCAAUGAUCUGAGCGGGGCAUUCAUCAAGAACCUCUGGGGUAGCCUCCAACAUCCUCCUAUGUCGUUCUUGGGAGAUGAGUUCAAGUACAGGACUGCGGAUGGCAGCAAUAAUAACAUCAUGUAUCCGCAGCUGGGCGCUACCGGUUCGCCUUAUGCCCGUAGUGUUAUCCCCACUCAUACGCGGGAUAUCAACUUGCCCGACCCGGGCCUCAUCUUCGACACGCUCCUGCGCCGAGACGGACUUGCCAGGGAGAGUCCCACCAAGGUCUCGGCCUCGCUCUUCCACUUUGCAACGAUCAUCAUCCACGACAUCUUCAACACCCGUGGCAGCAACCUGGCUUGUUCGAGCUACCUCGAUCUCGGUCCACUCUACGGUCAUGAUGAGAAACAACAGAGUUAUGUGAGGGCCUUCAAAGACGGGAUGUUGAAGAAGGACACCUUCGCGGAAGGACGGCUUAUCGGCCAGCCCCCUGGGGCCUGUGCCAUGUUGAUCACGUUCAACAGGUUCCACAACUACAUCGUCGGAGAGCUCGCCACCAUCAACGAGCACGGGAGAUUCAGCAUGCCCGAGGGAAAGGCUGACACAGAGCCAUACAAAGCGGCAUUGGCCAAGCGUGACAACGACCUGUUCCAAACUGGGAGACUUGUUACCUGCGGCCUUUACGUCAAUAUCAUUCUCGGGGACUAUCUCCGCACUAUCUUGAAUCUGAAUGAUAAUCCUGUGGCAUCUGACUGGAAGCUGGAUCCGCGAGAGAACUUCAGAAACGUCUUCGACCCGGACGGGACUCCAAGGGGUCUAGGCAACCAGGUCUCCGCGGAGUUCAACUUCGUCUAUAGAUGGCACGCAACCACGAGUAACAAAGACGAGGAGUGGCUUAACAACUUCAUCGCCAAGGAGAUCAUUCCAGGGAUAGACCCCACUACUGUUAGCCCGGCGGUGAUCAGAGCAAAGUUACGCGUAUGGUUUAGGGAUCAUGUACCUGAAGACAAGCCCGAGACAUGGACUUUCAACGGCCUGAAGAGGGUGAACGGGACUUUCAAGGAUUCUGAUCUGGUCAGCAUACUAACGGCCGCCACGGACACUGUUUCUGGAGCAUUUGGCGCUCGUAACACGCCUGUCGCCCUGAAAGCCGUUGAAAUGCUUGGUAUCAGACAGGGCCGCGAGUGGGGCCUUGCGUCUCUGAAUGAAUUCCGCCAGUUUUUCAAGUUGAAGCCUUUCACCUCUUUCAAGGAGGUGAACUCCCAGCCUGGAAUUGCUGAGGCUCUGGAGGCUCUGUACGGCCACCCCGACAACAUCGAGUUGUACCCGGGUCUCAUGGCAGAAGAGGCAAAGCCGCAAUUCUCCCCGGGCUCGGGUCUUUGCCCCGGAUACACCAUCUCGGAGGCUAUUCUCUCAGAUGCUACAACUCUGGUGCGCGGAGAUCGGUUCUACGCGCUUGAGUAUGGGCCUCAGAGCUUGACCAGCUUCGGGUUCAAGGAGGUCGCGUCUGACUACGACGUCGCCGGCGGUGGCGUCAUGUACAAGCUGCUGAUGAGGGCCUUCCCAGGCUGGUACCGAAACAACAGUGUCUAUGCGAUGUAUCCGUUUAGUACUCCUGGUAGGACGCAGGAGAUCUUCCACAAAAACGGCCUGCCCCACGGCAUCAAGUUGGACUACAAGCAGCCCCAAUUCAUUCCGCCUCCUGUCCCAGUGAUGAGCUACAAGAGUGUCAUCAACGUCCUCAACAAUCAGCAAAGCUUCAAGGUUCCAUGGGGUGAGCAUACCUAUCAGCUCACUGGGCACGACUACAUGCUUUCGGGAGACAAGCCCGCCAACGCCAAGCAGCGCGUGGAGGUCAACGCAGCGAUGUACAAGCCUCAGGACACCCUCGAGCAAGUGAGGAAGUUCUACGAGACCGUCACCACAGACCUCAUCCACAAAAACAAGCGCAAGUUGGGCAACCAGACCUACCAGAUCGAUAUUGUGAAAGAUAUCGGCAAUCUGGCCCACGCCAUGUUCACAGCGCGCUUCCUGGCCCUCCCCCUCAAGGAAGACCCGCACAGCCACGGGCCCGGCCUCACGGCCCGGGAGAUCUACGAGGCCCAGGCCAGCCUCUUCCAGUACGUCUUCCUCGACUUCGACACGGCCAAGUCGUACAAGCACCGCGUCGAGGCCUCCAAGGACGCGGCGACGCUGGGAAACGUCACGCGCAGGGUGGUCGAGGGCGCCAGGCACCACCCGGGCCUGAUCAAGAUGCUCAUGGGCCUGCUGGGCCACGGCGGCGAGGUCCCGCACAUCCCCGGGUUCGGCAGGGAUAUGGUGCUCCGGCUCCUGGACGGCGGCAAGUCCGUCGAGGAUGUGGUCUGGGAGCUGGUCCCCACCCAGGCGGCGGCUGCUGCUACGCAGGCUGCGGCGUGGGCACAGCUCAUCGACAUAUACAUGUCCGACGAUUACAAGGACCACUGGCCCGCCAUUGUCGCGCUCGCCCAGUCCAGCUCCCCGACAGCCUUUGAAAAGCUGAGGAAGUACGCUCUGGAGGGCUUCCGACUCUACCCAGCUGCCGCGGGCGUCCUCCGCGUCGCAGCAGCCAACAACACACCCCUCAACGACGGCGGGCAGACCACCGCCCUCCCCGCAGGCGCAGGCCUCUUCGUCGACUUCAUCACCGCGGGCCGCGACCCGUCCAAGUUCCCCGACCCGGGCAAGAUCCGCCUCGACCGGCCGGAGGAGACCUACAUCCACCACGGGUGGGGCCCCCACCAGUGCCUGGGGCGCGCGAUCGUGACGACGGCGGGCGCGGCGAUGCUGAGGGCCUUUGCGCGGUCGUGCCCCAACGUGCGGCGCGCCGUGGGGCCCGCGGGGGAGAUCAAGACCAAGCUGUUUGGUGGGGCGUUCCCCGUGUUCCUGGCCGAGGACGGCGGGAGCUGGGAGGCGUUCCCUGUGUCUAAGAAGGUGCUGUUUGAUGUCUGGGACGGGGCGAAUGGGAGUAAUGGCAAUGAGAGCAAUGGUCACGGGAGGUCCAAUGGCCAUGGCAAUGGGUAUCACGCCAAUGGGGUCAAUGGUCGCCACUAG